AUGUCCGAGACUUUCGAGUUCCAGGCUGAGAUCUCUCAGCUCCUCUCUCUUAUCAUCAACACUGUCUAUUCCAACAAGGAGAUUUUCCUGCGUGAACUUAUCUCCAACGCCUCGGAUGCUCUUGACAAGAUCCGCUAUGAGUCUUUGUCGGACCCCUCCAAGCUCGACUCGGGCAAGGACCUCCGUAUCGACAUCAUCCCCAACAAGGAGGCCAAGACCUUGACUAUCCGUGAUACCGGUAUCGGUAUGACCAAGGCUGACCUGAUCAACAACCUUGGUACCAUCGCUCGCUCUGGUACCAAGCAGUUCAUGGAGGCCCUCUCCGCUGGUGCGGACAUCUCCAUGAUUGGCCAGUUCGGUGUUGGCUUCUACUCUGCUUAUCUUGUCGCUGACCGCGUCACUGUCAUCUCAAAGCACAACGACGAUGAGCAGUACGUCUGGGAGUCCGCUGCCGGCGGCACCUUCACUCUCACCCAGGACACCGAGGGCGAGCCCCUUGGCCGUGGUACCAAGAUGAUCCUUCACUUGAAGGAUGAGCAGACUGACUAUCUCAACGAGAGCCGCAUCAAGGAGGUUGUUCGCAAGCACUCCGAGUUCAUCUCUUACCCUAUCUACCUCCACGUCCUGAAGGAAACCGAGAAGGAGGUUCCUGACGAGGAGGAGGAGACCAAGGAAGAGGAGGGCGAUGAGAAGAAGCCCAAGAUUGAGGAGGUUGAUGAAGAAGAGGAGAAGAAGGAGAAGAAGACUAAGACCGUGAAAGAGAGCAAGAUCGAGGAGGAGGAACUGAACAAGACCAAACCCAUCUGGACCCGUAACCCUGCUGAUAUCACCCAGGAGGAGUACGCUGCCUUCUACAAGUCUCUCUCCAAUGACUGGGAGGACCACCUUGCUGUCAAGCACUUCUCCGUUGAGGGCCAGCUUGAGUUCCGUGCCAUUCUCUAUAUUCCCAAGCGUGCUCCUUUUGACCUCUUCGAGACCAAGAAGACCAAGAACAACAUCAAGCUCUAUGUUCGCCGUGUCUUCAUCACCGAUGAUGCCACCGAUCUUAUCCCUGAGUGGCUCAGCUUCAUCAAGGGUGUUGUUGAUUCUGAGGACCUUCCUCUCAACCUGUCCCGUGAGACCCUGCAGCAGAACAAGAUCAUGAAGGUCAUCAAGAAGAACAUUGUCAAGAAGACCCUUGAGCUCUUCACUGAAAUUGCCGAAGAUCGUGAGCAGUUUGACAAGUUCUACUCGGCCUUCAGCAAGAACAUUAAGCUUGGUGUCCACGAGGAUGCUCAGAACCGCCAGACCCUUGCUAAGCUGCUCCGUUACCAGUCCACAAAGUCUGGUGAUGAGGUCACCUCCCUCUCCGACUAUGUCACCCGCAUGCCUGAGCACCAGAAGCAGAUCUACUACAUCACUGGCGAGUCUAUCAAGGCUGUUGCCAAGUCUCCCUUCCUUGACAGCCUCAAGCAGAAGAACUUUGAGGUUCUCUUCCUGGUUGACCCCAUUGAUGAGUACGCCUUCACUCAGCUUAAGGAGUUUGAUGGCAAGAAGCUCGUCGACAUCACCAAAGACUUCGAGCUUGAGGAGUCCGAGGAGGAGAAGGCUGAGCGUGAGAAGGAGGAGAAGGAGUUUGAGGGUCUUGCCAAGAGCCUCAAGAACAUCCUCGGCGACAAGGUUGAGAAGGUUGUUGUCUCUCACAAGCUUGUUGGCUCUCCUUGUGCCAUUCGUACUGGCCAGUUCGGAUGGUCUGCCAACAUGGAGCGUAUCAUGAAGGCCCAGGCCCUCCGUGACACCUCCAUGAGCUCCUACAUGUCUUCUAAGAAGACCUUCGAGAUCUCUCCCAAGUCUGCUAUUGUCAAGGAGCUCAAGAAGAAGGUCGAGGCUGAUGGUGAGAGCGACCGUACCGUCAAGUCCAUUACUCAGCUUCUGUUCGAGACCUCUCUCCUGGUUUCCGGCUUCACCAUCGACGAACCUGCCAGCUUUGCCGAGCGCAUCCACAAGCUUGUCUCUCUCGGUCUGAACGUCGACGAGGAGGCCGAGACCUCUGAGGAGAAGGCCGCUGAAGAGGCCCCUGCCGCUGCCACCGGCGAGAGCUCCAUGGAGGAGGUUGACUAA